CUUCCGCCACUCGACAAGAGACGAUACAACACGCAUCACCGUAACCGCAAACGCAACCAACGCCACCAACGCCACCAACGCCACCAACCCACCACCCACAACGCGACGCGAAGAGCAAGCCAUGGACUCACCACCAGCGGAUAUGCCCGCAAAGCGGCCCAAGGUCUUGCGCCGCUCAGCCCGGCAGGCAGCUCGCAGAGCGCGCCUGCAGGCCGAGUCAAACCUUCAAGAGCAGGACGUCGCCUAUGUUCCCAAGGAUGCGGCGUUCUGGCGGCCAAGUUCCCGCGCUGCAAGCAACACACACACGCCCACCAACACCACGCCUGACCAUGCCAACGCUGCUCCUUCAGCGUCCUCCUCUUUCUCUGCUCCCAACAUCACCACCUUCGACAUUGAAGAGCGUUUGCGCGCCAUCAGGGCGGGUCGACGCAAGCGCGCCGGCAACGACAGCGAAAUGCACAGCGACGAUGAAGACCUCACUCCCCGGGUCGGCCGCGGGUUGCCCAUGAGACACGUUGAGGUCAUCAACCACCAGCGAGAUGCACACGACGACUUCAAGUACAUCGACAGGCCGCAGUACCAUCAGAGCGGCGGGGCGCACCGCCUGUACCGGCACAGCGAGUACAAUGAGAAAGAAAUCCACAAGCUGUACAUGCUCGAAUGCACAGCCAUGCCGCGUACAGCGAAGAUGAUCCACGACAGCAUCGUGCGCCUGUUGCAGGGGCGCAUGCACUGUGUCCUGGACUUUGCCCAAGACGAGGACGGCAAGUUCCGCCACUAUUACUUCUUCUGCAGCUGCACCACCGCACAAGUGAACCGCAUCAGCAAGCGAGAGCUGCCCGUCUAUCGCGAAAAGAUCAAGCACUUGUGCACCGAGCUGGGCCGGUUGGGCAAUCCGUACCGCGAGAGCAGCCAUCACAUCAUGGCGUGGCGGGCAAGCUGGAGCCUGGCGGGCGUCGACACGUGGUGUGAGGCCGCAUAUGCGCCCCCGUACAACCGCUGGAGGGAGCCCAAGGCACGCAGCUUCAAGCUGAACCCCAGGUUCGAGUACGCCUAUGCCGAGAGCAUCUGGUUGGCUGUUGCGCACAUGCUCGUCUCGGGCACCGAAGACAUCAUCGUCGUGUACGAGGGGCGUGCCAGCGGCACCGUCGUUCACCUCAACCGCCGGCAGCUGAACAGAGCAAGCGCCGCCUUCGAUUCAGACCUGCUUAAGGGGCACGGCGACCCAAGGCCAGGCACCCUCGACUCAAACCAGAUUGAGUUUUGGCUGAGCACCAUCACCCGCGCUCUCCAGCCCCUCUGUGAGCACGGCCCGCCAGUCGUCCGCGUCAGCGAGCGGCUGAUUAAAGAAGUCUUCGGCUACACCGACGUCACCCUGGAGCCCACAACUGUUCAAGACUCACGGGUUGCGUUGCGCUGGCCCGACCUCGAGGGCGAUGAGGUUGUUCUCGCGGACGAGCGACGCAUUCGCCUUGAGCGUCAAGAUGCCCGGGAGGCAAUCACGACGCUUCCAAGGAGCCAUCAAGAGUGGAGAGCCCUCCACUAUGCCAACCAGCGCAUCCUUCUGGAAGAUUAGGCGUCUCGACGGUCAUUCUUUCAGCCGACCGUGCUGCUUGCUGUUGGCUGUUGGCU